AUGAGUACACCAACAGAUCGUCAAACUGCAGUCACAACCCCACCUAAUCAAGCACCAAAGAAGAGACAAACACAACUCUCUGCUGGUAGUAGUGGCAGUGCUGAUCAUGCUAAUAUUGAUCAACUCUUGACAAAGGGAAGUAUUGGAGAGGAUUUGACAAAUAUUUGGUCCGAAAGAGAUUUACACGGACAUUCUGUUCUUCACGUGGCUAGUUUUGUAGGAGUGAAUAAUGAAUUGUUUGAUAGAAUUUUACAAUCGGUAAAGGAUCAAUCAACAUUGAAGGAAAUUUGUAAUUUGAAAAGUAGUGAUGAGAAGACUGCCUUGUCUAUUGCCUGUGAAAGAGGCCAUUUGGAAAUUGUAAAAAAGUUGUACGACUUGACAGACUCAUCAAAUGAUUUAUAUUCACCAAUUCAUAUUGCUGCUAUGAAUGGUCAUACUAAUGUUGUAGAAUAUCUUGUUCGUGAAAAGAAUGUUGAUGUAAAUAGCUUAAUGAACAUCUAUGGAUUUACUCCAUUGCACCUUGCAGCACAAUAUGGAAGAGUGGAAAUGGUUUAUUAUUUGAUCGAUGAACUCGGAGCAAAGAAGGAUAUUGCCUGUACCACUGAAGGAAUGCUUCCUAUUCACACUGCUAUUUUGAAUAAUAAUGUGGAAGUUUUGAAGGCAUUAGUUCAUAUUCACUCAAAGGAACACGAAGUUUCCACUGUUAAAUAUUAUGAAAGAUUAUCCAACGAUCACAUACAUAUUAAUCCACUUCUUUUGGCUAUUGCCAACUCACAUUCAGAAGAGGAAGGUGUCACACCAGAGACCUUGAAGGCAUCUGCUGAAAUGGUUAAAUUUUUAGUUAAUGAAUUGGAUGCUGACUAUUCACUUUCUGGAAAUAAUGGAAUUUCUGCUCUCCAUAUGGCCUCAGAAGUUGGUAAUUGUGAUCUCAUUAACUUCUUUGUAACUGAAAAGAAGGAAAAAGUUGAUCAAGUUUGUGACAUUACUGAAGAUACACCACUCUAUCUUGCUGUUAUUAAUUGUCACCUUGAUGCUGUCAAAUUACUCGUCUCGCUUGGUGCUGAUAUUAAUGCAAAGAAUAGAAGAGGUAACUCACCACUCUCCAUUGCUCAAGAAUUAUCAUCCAAACAUGAGAAAUUCCAAAACAUUAACCAAUUUCUUUCUUCUCAAUAA